AGUGACGAGUGAGGAGCCCGCGGUCCGGGGGGGGGGGGGGGGGGCGCCCAGGCCGGCUGCCGCCUCCCGCUCGCGCACUUUCUCCGCGUCCCCGGGGAACAACCGGCGCGCAGGCUGGGACGCACGCGGACCUUCUCCGCGUCCCAGGGAACAUCGCGAGCGCAGGCUGCACGAGGGACCCCAGGCAGGCGGCGGGUCUGCGACGGCAGUGCGCGCCCUCGGGGACGCGGGAGCCGGAGCGCCAUGGCCUUCCUGUGGCUGGCCUUGUGUGUCACGCCCGCGUGCUGUCUGCUGCACAAGGACGAAGAUCCCGAGCCGCCGAUUAAGAACCUGCGAAUGCAGCCGGAGACGAGAAGGUUGACCUGGGACCUCAGCGGAAACGUGUCUGACAUCGGCUGUUUCAUCAACUCGAGGCUGAUCACUAAGGCCGUGGACAAGCGUUACUGCCAGUUCCGCGUACUUCCCUCGUGUCAGGUGACGAAUUUCACGGUCGCCUCCACCGGAGACCCGCCGUUCUCCGCGGGGAUCCUGUACCCCAGGCCAGAGGGCCACCCUGAGGCGGCCGCGCAGCGUCUGGGCUGCUGGGUGCACGACGUGGACUUCCUGACGUGCAGCUGGGAGGCGGGCCGCGCGGCCCCCGGUGACGUCCAGUAUCGCCUGUACCGGCAGGACCUCAAGACCUACGAGGAGGAGGAGUGUCCCCGGUACGGGGUGGACGAUCGGGGGACACACAUCCGGUGUCAUUUCGACGACGUGUCCGGGCUCGGGGAACACGUCCAGUUCCUGGUGAAGGGCACCGGCAAGGGCGCGAGGAUCCCCUGCUCCGACCUCACUGUGGAACUAGCAGGAAUCGUAAGGCAGCCCCCACCCAAUCCAAUACGGGGAGGAGACGCAGAGGCCCACGCCGGGACGGAGGAGAAGGCCAGGAGAGGAGGAAGGCACAGCGACAGGUGACGUGUGUCCAGCCCAGGGACGCCCAGCCUCCCCAGCAGCCGCCCGCAGUGGGAAAGGGGCCGCGAACAGAGUCUCCCUGUGAGCCUCCACCAGGAACCAGCCCUGGGGACACGCGGACUUCAGAUUUCUGGCCUCCAGACCUGGAAGAGGACACAUUUCUACGGCCCAAGCCACCAGUUUGUGGGACUUUGCUGUGGCAGCCGUGGGGAAUUCGUGCCAUACCAUUGGGAGCGAUUUCCGGAUGGCACCAGGAGACCAAGAACCCAAGCCUGGGGCCACGGACAGCGACGUCUCUGGGCGUGGACUGGCCAGGUCCGGCCCGCAGGUGCGGCCGUCUCAGAGUAUCAGAGACAUCGCCCGUUGACACGGACAAUCGGGUCCGGGGGAGGGGGGGGCACUGUUGGUCCCCAGCUGCUGCCUUAACAAACGAUCCCAAACCAC